UAGCAGCAGUGUGGAGGAUUAAAGCUUCAUCUCUCACUCAGUCAAUCCUCUCAUUUCAUCGUCCUCUGCUUCGGGUUCAUCUUCUGUCUCCAUCAUUCGUCUUCUUUUUUUUCUUUUUUCCCUGAUUUUCCCAUCAUCCUCUGCUCCUCUCCCGUGGAUCCGGGUCGAGAUAUGAAGUGGCACCAUGGGUUUCAUGGAGUUCUACCUGGAGAUUGACCCGGUCACCCUGAACCUCAUCAUCCUCGUGGCAAGUUAUGUCAUCCUGCUGCUCGUCUUUCUCAUCUCCUGCAUCCUGUACGACUGCCGUGGCAAAGACCCCACCAAAGAGUACACGCCCGAUGAUGCCGCCGCAGCUGCCGUGCCGCCGCCGCCCGGCCAGUCGCCCAUACGCCUGGUGGUCAUGCAGAACUCGCCCGCCUCCUCAUCGCGCUACGACCAUGCGGCCCGCGCUGAGCUCCCCACGCCGGAGCUGAGCCGAGACAGAGGAGAGAGGGAGAAGAGGAGCACGCUGGUGUAAGGACGACAGACGACGACAGACCUCCGUCUUUUUAUUCCGGACUAGUUUUUUAAAAAUAACGUCCCGACAAAGUGCUAACAUCAGCACGAGGACUUUGAACUCACGGUGAAAACAAAACAGCUUCUGUGUAACUGACGUGAUCACAUGGCACGGUCUCCUGAGGUCAGAGGUCACAGACCUCAGAAUCUGGGAUCAUUAAAAAAACAGCCCCCCCUCUGCUGAUUGGCUCCCUCAUGAGUGUCAUAUGAUGUGAGGACAAAUUCCCUUACAUAAAAAAACAGCACUCAGCCGCCAAAGAUGGCUGCGUCCCAAUCCUGAUAUGAAUUACAUAUGGCUCUGCCCAUUCCAUGGUUCUUUUCUGUGGAUUAUGUGUGUGUGUGUGUGUCUCUCUCUCUCUGUCUGUGUGUGUGUGUGUGUGUGUGUGUGUGUGUGAGACGAUGACUCAUCAGUUAAUCAGAAUAUAAUUUAAUCUACGUUUCCACGUGAAAACAACAGGAAGUGAAACUGUCGUG